UAUCUUCAAGCAAAAGAGUAGAAAAGAAAACAAAGCAAAUAGCAGCGAUCACAAUUAUCUUUGUUGUUUCUCGUAGAACGGUUGCGCAUCGUCCCACCCGAUAUAAUGCAUUUUUGCAUCGAAAGGAUGCAUCUACGCAUCACGCAAGAUUAGUUGAGAGUAAUAGUUUGUGGUAGAGAAGUAAAGUUAAAAGUGAGCUGAAAAGCGUCGUUCCGCCGGGCACGAUCGCAACCUAACCUCACAACCAACAACACACACAAGUAGCGCUCGACGCAAUCUCCCAAUAGUGUUGUGUGUACCGCCGAGCACAGCGUCCAAACGGAUUCGAUCACCUAUAAUUUGUGAAAUACAUCUUCCGGGGGUGUACGGUUACGGGUUAAAUUUUCCCGCACAUUGGGAAAUUAUACUAGAAAGAGAGAAAGAGAAGGAGUAAGAGUAAACGGUUGAGACGAGGCAUUGCCGUUGAUGUAGUGUAGUGAACCUUCGCCAACAAAUCUGUGCUAGUGCGGCCAAUCUCGAAAAUGAAGUCUCCCCUUCCCUUACCGGAGCUAUUCGAUGAGGACGAAUUUUCGUUCACAUUCAAAAAGCCCCACGGACUGAAUGAUGCGUUUCAUAGGCGUCGACCACCGAAGCUAAUGCAUCCGCUGAACCGCAGCAUCAACGCAUCGAUGGCCAAUGCUAUCUCGUUCACGGAGGAUAAUCGGGCGGAACUGAGUGCGCUUUACAACCGGUACAAACCGGAAACGUACUACGAGCAGUGCUUCGAACAGCUGACAAAGGUGGGCGAAGGUUCGUUCGGGGAGGUGUUUAAGGUGCGCAGCCGAACCGAUGGUCGGCUGUACGCGGUGAAGAAGUCCAAAACCUACUUCCGCAGCACGCAGUGCCGAGAGAUGUGCCUGGAGGAGGUACGCCGGUAUGAGCAGUUUUCCGAUCAUGAGAAUUGCGUGAAGCUGUACCAGGCCUGGGAGCAGGACGAUCGGCUCUACAUGCAGAUGGAGCUGUGCCGCGAAAACCUGGAAGUGUAUGCACGGGAACAGCAAAAGCUGCCGGACGAGCGGAUUUGGUCGAUCAUGCUGGAUCUGUUGCUGGCGCUGAAAAGCUUGCACGAUCGCAACCUCAUCCAUCUGGACAUUAAGCUAGAUAACAUUCUCGUCACGGACGAUGGGACGUGCAAGCUGGCCGACUUUGGCAUCGUGUUUGAUCUCAGCAAAAGCAAUCCCCGGUACGCAACCGAGGGUGACUCGCGCUACAUGGCCCCGGAACUGAUGGAGGGCACGUACACGAAGGCGGCCGAUAUCUUUAGCCUCGGCAUAGCUACGCUCGAGCUGGCCAGUAAUUUGGAGCUACCGGCAAACGGGCGAUUGUGGCAGCGGCUGCGCAGCGGUCAACCACUGCCCGAGAAUCUGGCGUGCAAUAUUUCCGCCCCACUGAGGGAUAUCAUUCAUAGCAUGAUAAAUCCGGUCCCGGGCGAACGACCCACGGUCGAUAUGCUGCUGAAGCAUCCGAUCGUGCUGAAGCUGUACGAAGCGCGAAGGCGACGGCGUGUAUUCGAGCGAUCAAAAUCCUACCUUUACCGGAAGCUUUCCAGCCUAAGUGGAUUUUUCCUGCUUGCGGUCAUGUGGCUGGUUGCGUGCUUUCGACUGCAGCACCGCAAAGAAACAUCCCCGCGGGGAAUGGUGUCGAAACAGGCCCCAAAAGUUGAUAGCCGAUCCGCGCAUCCGCCCGUGGACAAUUGUUCGCGUAGGGCGGCUGCUGGCAAUUCGUUCAGUGCGUCACGACUGCUGGACCAGAGCUGCAGCCUGCUGGCGGACGACGACGAAGACGACGAUCGAUUAAACGGGACGGGUUUUGAAAGCAGCGCUUGUACCGCUAACGACGGCGAUGAUACGGCCGACUGUGAUCGUACCGCGGAAUCGCAUGAGAAUGACAGCGUCCAAAUAACGCCAACGCUGAACAACUCCAUGCCACCAACCCGCACACCAACCGUUCGGAUCGUCAACUCAACGCCCCUGAACCACGAUCAUCUGCAUCAGCACCACCUGCAGCCGCAGUAUCACCCUUAUUCACAUUCCGGGCAUGCCGGUUCGCGGCACACGAGCCGCGUGUUCUGCUCGCCAUUUCGCAUUUUAUGGUUCGAGGACGACGCGGACGAUCUGGCGAUAUUGAAAGAUUCCCACCGAAAUCCGCGAAGGAUUUCCUCCUCCAGCUGCUCGCCUGGCGGUACAAAGCCGACCACGCCGUCGUCAGCUCCGCUCAACGAUAGUGAUAACGAUUUUCGUCCCCUUGGAUCACCAUCGCACCACGACCGGAGUGAAGAAAAAUUGCCGGGCAAUAGUAGUUUGGAUGCCACUGCUGCAACAUCCCUCUGCGGUGGCAGCCAGCAAUCGAUCACCAGCACUCCAAACAGUUCCUUAUUUAAAACGAUGCGAACAAGCGCGAUGGCCAUGAACGGGCCAGCUGCGGCUUCUUCAUCCGCCUGUGAUAACUCAUUGUCUGCCACCGAGGGAGGAGGGUAUUCGUCGUUUCUUACGAAGAAAAAGCUAAAAUUUAAAACGGAAGACGAUGAUUCCGAUUGACGGAUCAUUUGGAUCGCGCGCUAUACGAUUACAAACAAGUCGCAGGAUUGGCAUCAUAACACACUACGAUUAAGUUGCAUCUAAUCAAGAAACGGAUCUCAGUGCUUAGCGGCCUUGGGGGCGGGUUUUUGCAACGGUAACCAAAAGAAAUAGCUCUCUUUGCUUCUUCUUCAUCUCUCACCAGUCAGUUAAUUCGAGUCAUUUUCAGAGAAUGUUGUUUUUUAUGUGCGUGUGAAGAUGUGUGUUUUUUAAAUGAGCAAAUAACGUUCCGGGUCCGAUGAUGUGUAAGAUGAAAAGAAGGACGUUUUAAAACUAAAAUCCUGUAACAAUCUAUGCAAAAGAAAACGAUUGCACUAGAGUGCAAGUGCACUAUCCUUAGCAAAAACAAACAAACAAACAAAAAAACACGCAAUUGGGCGUUAAUCCAAUGUGAUAUAUGAAAGGUAAAAAAGCACUCUAUCUCUCUUCAAACACGUGCGUGUAUGCGUGUCCCUGGUAUCGUGUAAAGUAUCCUAGUAACAAAACACUACCGGGAUUAGGUAGAAAAAACAAGAAACAAUCUAGUAGCCCAGGCAGAGGCAACAAAGUUAGGCUAGUGGCGUGCAGAAAACGUACAAGAAAACGCUUGUACAGGAAUAUUAGUAUAAGCCUGUGUAUUAGCUUAUAUUAUGCGACGUGAUUUAGCAUAAAGGGUGUGGAUAGAGUACACGAGGCGGAAUAAGGAAACAGUUUUCCGAAUUGCUCUCGGAAAACCAGUUUACGUGUGCUUUUGUGAGUGUGCGUGUGUGUGGUGUGGUAUGAAUAAAGUCUGUCAAUACUUCAAAAAGCAA